AUGAAAGAAAGAAAUAGAAGCACACUUUAUGGCCUUUGGGAUUUUCCAAAAAGGGUUAAAAGUGCACACUUGAUGCGCGGUUCAUUGAAUGCUCCUUGGCUUUGGGGUUUUGCAGUUCAUGCUGCAGGAGUGAUAGGCGCUAUUAUAACAGCAUUACUAACUUAUAGUAUAGUAGUAUAUAACUAUCUCUUGGUAGCAUAUGUAAGCACACCCCGUUAUGAAGGCCUGGAAUUUGACAGAGAGAUAGCUGUGAAGGAUUCAAAGGCUCUUUUUAAAGCAGGGGAAAAGAAAUUGGGAACUGAUGAGAAAACCUUUAUCCACAUAUUCAGUGAACGAAGCAGGGCACAAUUGGCUGCUAUUAUUUUUGCUUACCAUGACAUGUAUGGACAUUCACUUAAAAAGGCAGUGGAUGGCGAGACAUCGGGGCUUUUUGAAUAUGCUCUCUUGACAAUUUUGAGUUGCUCAGAAAAUCCGGUGAGAUACUUUGGUAAGGUUUUAUCAUUGAUCAUUUUGUGGAAAAUAAAAGAGGCAAUAGUAGAGUUAUCUGGUACACGUGUAUCCCUUUAUGUUGGAUGA